AAACAGUAGCGUGUUCAGGACCCCACCGGAAGUAGAGUGAAUGAUGGCUCGGUGGAAUCUGUGACUGGAGUAAAGGUCAGAUUCACAGCCAGCGUUUUCAUCUGGAGGUCUUUGGCUUGCUCAGUACGUGUUGAGUUUAAUGUUACACGCGUUGCUUCAGUAGUUCAUUCCGUUCCCAGACACAGUACAGGAGACACAAUGCUGCAGAACACAGGGAAGCUGGCAGGAUAUACCAUCUUCAUUACCGGAGCGAGUCGAGGUAUUGGCAAGGCCAUUGCUCUCAAAGCUGCGCGGGACGGAGCCAAUGUGGUCAUCGCUGCCAAAACCACUGAUCCUCACCCCAAACUGCCGGGCACCAUCUACACAGCUGCUGCAGAGAUUGAAGCUGCUGGAGGCAAAGCACUGCCGUGCAUCGUAGACGUCCGUGAUGAGAAGCAGAUCAAUGAUGCUGUUGGAAAAGCUGUGGAGAAAUUUGGAGGGAUUGACAUAUUGGUCAACAAUGCCAGUGCCAUCAAUUUAACAGGAACUCUGGAAACUCCAAUGAAGAAAGUCGACCUUAUGCUAGGCAUCAAUCUCAGGGGAACGUACCUGACGUCUAAACUGUGCAUUCCACAUCUUCUGAAGAGCAAGAACCCUCACAUACUUAACCUCAGCCCACCUCUAAACCUCAAUCCCAUCUGGUUCAAAAACCACACAGCGUACACCAUGGCAAAGUAUGGCAUGUCCAUGUGUGUACUUGGAAUGGCCGAAGAGUUCAAGGGAUCUAUCGCUGUUAAUGCCUUAUGGCCCAAGACAGCCAUCCAGACGGCGGCCAUGGACAUGUUGGGUGGUUCUGGGAUUGAUAAACAGUGCAGGAAGGUGGAGAUUGUGGCUGAUGCAGCCUACGCUAUCUUUAAACAACCCACCAGCUUCACAGGACAGUUUGUCAUUGAUGAGGACGUUCUCAAAAAGGAGGGCAUUAAGGACUUUGAUGUGUAUGCUGUUGAGCCAGGUCAUCCAUUGCUUCCUGACUUUUUCUUGGAUCAACAGCCAGAGAAUCUAGCCAGGCAGAUGGAGGAGCAUGGUGCCACUCCAGUUUACAAAAGUGGAAAAACCAGUGCAGAUUCUGCCGCCACGGGACCGGUUUCUGACAUGUUCAACAUAAUCAGAGGAAUUCUCAGUCCAGAUAUAGUAAAAACCACACAAGGAGUGUACAGAUUCGAUUUAUCAGGUGAUCAUGCUGGAGUCUGGUACAUUGAUCUGAAGAACGAUGCAGGAAGUGCUGGCAGUGGGGAGCCACCUGUCAAAGCUGAUGUUGUCAUGACGUUGGACAGUUCAGAUUUCAUCAAGAUGUUCGGAGGGAAAUUAAAGCCCACUAUGGCGUUCAUGUCUGGAAAGCUGAAGAUUAAGGGUGACAUGAGCCUUGCCAUCAAACUGGAGAAGAUGAUGGGCAUGAUGAAGUCUAAGCUGUGAUAUGAUCACUCACUCUACCGUCUCCUGCCUUACAUGAUGUACAUGAUCUCUUUUCUAAAUCAUUGUUUGCAUUAAACCCUUUGCUCAUAAUUUGUUCCGCUGAUACUAAUUUUAAUAAAGGAUUUUCCUUUAUGCUU